CUGUGCCGCUCCCCGGGGAUGCUGGGGCUGUUCUGUGCCUCUCCCCGGGGAUGCCAGUCCCGUGGCAGACUAAAAAGUCCCUUUGAAGCGAUAAAACAGAGCUGCGCGGCUCGCACUGCCGGCAGCGGUGCUUCCAGCUCGCUGACCAGUCCGUGGCUCGUGGUGCGGGUCCGCUCCCGUGUUCCCGGGAUGUCACCGGGCUGCCAGCUCCCAGAGGACCAGGGCGGAAUCUGCGAUAAAUUUGGUUUUCCGUGCUGGUAGCCACGCGAGCAUCCAGCCCGUGUGCCCCAGUGACACGGUUUGGGCAUCGCCGGUGGUAGCGGCUCCUCUGUGCCUUUACAUGACAAUUUGGAGAGGUUGCACUCAUAUCUGCCUUUGCGAGGUUGUUGGCUUAGAGAGCUGUAGGGAUAGAGAGCUGACAGGAAUUGACAGCUUGUAAAAAAACCCAAAGCAUGCGGCAUAAUUUAAUGACGUAUUCAUAAAAAUGUCAUUAAAUCGGUUUUUGUUUUUAACAUUGGGUAAAAUGGGGCUUGUGGUUACAUGGAACAAAGCUGAGAGAAGCAAUACUUAGCAAUAAAUAGCAGAAAAUUCAAGGGCACAGCAUUGAAGUUUAAAAUACUUCAACAAAAUCCUUGGGUCAUUGUAGAAACUAAAGUGAUUUUACAGGUAAAAAGUCGUAAUUGCCAUUUUAUUUUGUGCCACUGUAAGCAAACCACCAAUGUAUACAUUUUAUUAAGAAAUAUUUGUGUGUGUUUCUGUAGAUGUAUUUAUUUUUGAAUGUAUUGUUUCCAAGGUUAUCUGGCCUUUUGUGUGGAUGGCUUCAGAGAACACUUCAGGAGUAGGAAAACUGGAGGAAGAUUUGUCUUGCUUAUCUAAAUUUGUUUCAGACAUCAGUGUUUAACAACUUAUUGGAAUGUGUAAGCAGGAAAAGUGGAAGUCAAGUGAAUUCUCUGGUGCUCUGCUGGGACGAAAUGCCAUUCCUGUUUGCAGUGGAUGGAAGCCAUGGCAGUGUGUAACAUGGGAGGGAAAGGCACGGAUGGACCAUGUGGCGUGACUCGUUCAGGCUGCAGCUCUUCUGCCUGCUCAUGGCAGUGCUGGCUCUUGUGGUGCUGGUCCAUAACUUCUUUCAGUUAGAGCACCUGGAUGAUGACACGGUUUCAGGAUCGAAUUGGAUUACAGAGAACAAUGUGCAGCAUUCUCUGUCACAGACAACCAAAAGCACCAGGAAGCCUUACUGCGGGUACGUGCAGCAGCCCUUGUCCAGAAGGGAGCAAGCGGAGCAGGAGUCGCUGCUGGCUGCAAUACAGUGGCCACAGCCCCCCGAGGGCAGAGUCGCCUUUGCACAGAGCACUGACCCUGCACACAGUGACUUUGUGAUUGUGAAGCCCAGCAGGUUCCUCAGGGUGGGGGAUCAGCUGGAGGUACUCGUUCGUAUGAAGGAUUUCCAAGGAAAACCCAAGCAGUACGGUGGAGACUAUUUACAGGCACGAAUUCACUCUCCUGGGCUGAAAGCUGGAGCAGCAGGAAGGAUUGUAGAUUGCCAUAAUGGCCUUUACAAAAUCUUCUUUACCUUGCUUUGGCCAGGAGAGGUCAAAGUUUCCGUGUCACUCGUCCAUCCGAGUGAAGCCAUCCAAGUGCUCCUGCGGUUACGAGAGGAAAGGCCGGACAGGGUCUAUUUCAAAAGCUCAUUCAAGUCUGGGAGGUAUUCGGAGACCACAGAGUGCAACGUUUGCCUGCCUGCAGGUCUCCCAGUCUGUAACUUCACAGAUCUCUACACGGGUGAGCCCUGGUUCUGUUACAAGCCUCGAAAACUGUCCUGUGCCAGCCGAAUCAGCCAUGCCAAAGGUGGAUAUCUGAAAGGUCUUCUGACACAAGAGGAAAGCCUCUUUUUCCAAAGUGAUGUGAAUAUCAAAAGGCCGAUACUCUCCAGUGGACCUGAUUCAGUCAUUGUAAAGCCCAAGGCAUUUACAGAUUCAAGCAGUAUGGGCAGAGCUGAAGAUCCCACAGCUUCUCCUUCUGGUUAUUAUUAUGAAGACCAGUGGAGGUCCAGAACACAUUGGAUCCAUAAUUUUAACAAAUCAGAUGAUAUAACUGAGUGUUUACAAGGAAAAGUAAUCCAUUUGUUUGGAGACUCUACAAUAAGGCAGUGGUUUGAAUAUUUGACAGCAUUUGUUCCAGAUCUGGUGGAAUUUAACCUGGGCAGCCCCAAGAACGUGGGCCCCUUCAUGUCGGUGGACCUGAAGCACAACAUCCUGCUGAAGUUCCGCUGCCACGGGCCGCCCAUCCGCUUCUCCACCGUCUUCAGCAGCGAGCUGCGCUACAUCGCCAACGAGCUCAACAGCAUCGUGGGCGGCCGGAACACCGUGGUGGCCAUCACCAUCUGGUCCCACUUCAGCACCUUCCCCGUGCAGCUCUACAUCCAGCGCCUCAGGAACAUCCGCAGGGCCGUGCUCCAGCUGCUGGACCGCAGCCCCAAGACUGCAGUCGUCAUCAGAACCGCCAACGUGCAGGAGCUGGGGCCAGAAGUGAGCCUCUUCAACAGUGACUGGUACUCCUUUCAGCUUGAUUCUGUCAUGAGGAAAAUGUUCUCAGGAAUUGCUGUGCACUUUGUGGACGCUUGGGAGAUGUCUGUGGCUCAUUACUUGCCACAUAACCUGCACCCUAGUGAAAUAAUUGUAAAGAAUCAAAUAGAUGCAUUUUUAUCUUAUGUGUGCCCUUUGCAAACUUAGCACAAAUGGGUAUCCCUAUGUCAUCUUUUGCUAUAGCCCGGGAACAGUUGCUCUUUGAGCUGUGGAAUGAGGCUGGAUGAUAUGGAGGAGCUCUGGGUCCUGUACUCGCUUGCAGGAUAAGUAGGGUGGCCUUAAAGUCUGGGUGGCUGUGAAGGGUGGUAAAGAGGAGUUGACUCUUCAGGCUAUAUCUUCCUGCAAGGUUGAUUCCUUCAAGCUUAUCAUUCAUACCUGAGAUUAUUAGAGAGCACCUUAAAUUACAUUGGCAGGAUUCAAUAAGAGACUAUUUGGGUUAUUAGCUUUACUAGUUUUCUGCACUGUACACUUAAUUUAAUCCCUGUGACACUGAUUCUGUUGCCAGGAUCUUGUUGCUCAGAACAGUGUGUGAAACCUGGGAAGGAUUUUGGGAAUGGUCUUUCUCUCAGCAUUCCAGAGCUUAAGGGAUGUCUCCUCCAGUUGUGUGUCAGAGAAGUACAGUGUCUAUUCUUGUUUCAAAGUCCUAAUUAGAAAUGUGAAGGGAAUGUACCAAAGUCACCAAUAAGGAAGCACAAUCACAAUAUCUGUAGAAUUAAGGCAUGAGGAAUUUGCUGAAGUUUGAUUGAGCACCCUAGUGAGGUACUUUUGUUCUUUACAGAUGGCUGCUAAAUAGAGCUAAUAGCCAGUAUUUUAGUUUGGUUUCUUGUACUACUGAAUUUCAUUUGAGCUUUGAUACACUGUCUAGUUCUUGAUUUAUCAUUAACAAGGAUAUGUGUGUUUUACGACCUCAGUGAAAACACUGUCUCAGGCAGUUUUGCAAGUUCAAGUUGCAGGCUGUCCUACUUGAAGCUGAAAGUAUUUGCCAGUGAAAGUGUUUCAUUUGCCAAUGAAAGUGUUUCAUUUGCCAGGAAAGUGUUUCAUUUGCCAAUGAAAGUGUUUCAUUUGCCAUGAAAGUGUUUCAUUUGCCAAUGAAAGUGUUUCAUUUGCCAUGAAAGUGUUUCAUUUGCCAAUGAAAGUGUUUCAUUUGCCAUGAAAGUGUUUCCAUCCCUUCGAGCUGCAGCCGCUCCUGCCAGGCCAGGCUGGCUCUGGCACGUCCUGCACACGCUCUGGGGACGGGAGGCAAAGUGCCCCGAGGGUCCCUGUGUGCUUUGGCAGUGGUGGUCCAGGCCGUGCAGUGACUCCUCUUCAGGGUCUGGCAGUUCUGUCAUUCUCCAUGAGCUUCACAGCUGCCAGUAGAGAAGGUGGAACACCCUGCGCCCAAAUUCCAGCGUGCCAGGGUUGCCUUCACGUAUCUGCUUCACUGACCGGGCUUGCUGGUGCCUCUCCAGCCUCCUGGCCUGGCAUUUACUGCUGCUUGUUUGAUUGAGCCUCUCUACAGGUUUAACUAGAAGCACUUUGAAAACAGCUUUUAUUAAAGUCAACUCCCAAAUGAAACAGCUGAGAAGUGUUCCAUGCUGUCUCAUCUUUGGUCCCACUCAGGCCAAAGCCAGUCUUCACUGGCUUGUGUCAAAACCAAGUCAUGUCUUUGUGAGCAAGCUGAGAGGAUGAAUAAGGCAAAUUGGCAGGUUGCACAGAGUGAAAUGAUCAAAAUAUCUUUAUGCUAGAAAAGUUUCACCCCUUUUAGGUUUGCUGCUCUCCUAAGGAAGUUUGUGCCCUUACUGCCAGAGCCUUAAGAGAGCCAAUGCUGCCAGCUACAACAACAGUGUUUCUUAUUGUGUUCAUUUUAAAGGGCAACUGAGAAGUAAUUUAGAAACAAAUAUAAAUUAUUUCAGCAUGUAAAAGGCAUCAGUACUAUUCAUCUAUAAACUUAACAAUUUAAAAAUGUUUAAACAUGUCUGGAGGAAUCGUGUACACUGAAAUAGCAUCUAUUCUUAGCUUUUCAAAUCAGCAGUUAAGAGGUCCAAUUUGCUGGUUCCUACUGCCUCACCCAACCACUGCCCAUACAUUAGCAUUAGGUAACUGUUUCUUACAUUAAUAUGGUAAUGGCAAUUUAUCCUCUGCUGAAAAGAGGCCACACCAAUUCAGGUCUGGGAAAGUAAACUGCCACAAUGAAAAAUGAACUUUCAUCUUUUCCAGUUGUGAUUUUUAUAAUAGGUAAAGGCUUUCAUCCUGAAUAACAACUCUAUCCUAAUAAUGCUCAUGGAAAUAGGACUUCAGACUUCUUUGAAGGAAACUACUUAAUUUGUGGACUGACCAUUGGAUUUAACUCAUAAAGCCACAUUGUGUGUGAAAAUGUUGUGGCUGCAUGUUUCUUCUCUGGGUGUUGUAGUGCUUGCUACUGCUCCUCAACAGCAGCUUUAUAUCACUGCUAGCUACCAAGCACAGAGAGAGAAAAAAUAUUCUUCUGAAGGCUUUGACAGUUGAGGGAAAGAGAGCAGAACUGCUAUUAGAAAAGGUGUCUAAUUGCCUUCUGGUAGAACCUAAUCCUUUAGAUUAAUUAGAUUAAUUUUUUAAUAACAGAUGAACUAACUUAUCGGUAAUGAACUUCAGGGAAAUUGCCAGUUGAUUUAGAAUGAGGGUUAAGAUUUUAUUUUUUGGGCUCUGAAAUAGGGAAGAGAAAUGAAGAAUCUGAGGGUUUGUCUGUGUUUGGGGACACUGUGCUUUUAGAUGUCAUUCAGGUGAUCUAUGAAUGAUUUUUCAUUUCUCAUCUUGUUACCAUCUAUCUCAUCAUGUUACCAAUUGUAUAUGUAUGGGAUAUGCAAACACAGAAGCAAUAAAAUAUUUUAAAAUCAGUUUCUUUAAACUUCUAAACGGAUUCUACUAGGGACUUAGGUUAAGGUGUUGGUUAUUUUUGAAGUUACUUAAUGUGAAACAGGACUGGAAAGGAAUUUCUCAGCAUCUGUUAAGGAUCUUCCUCAACACAUAAAAAAUUAAUUCUCAAGGUUUUCAAAGUCCUGUCUUCCCUUUCCUUGUAUUUUCUUCCUUUGAAAGGAAGAAAUUGUAUUAUUUUGUAUACUUUCAUUCUUGUACUGAUAAUUUUGAUUGUUAAUCUUUAAUUAGAUAUUUUUUAUUUUUUAAUUUCUUCAUUCAAAAUCCAGCUUUCUCAAAUUCCAGUGAAAGAAGCUAAUUUUAUUGUUUUUAUUAGAAGAUAUCAGAGUAAUUUAUUUAUAAAAUAAGUAAACUCCAUUUUAUAUAUAUUAGUGUUGCACUGUAAUAUUUUGAGUCUUGUUUCUCAUGUGUGUCUUAGACUGAUUUCUUCCUUCUAGAAAUUUAGUAAAAAUGUUAGUUGAAUUGUUGAUGAGAAGGGAGGAUAAAAAGCAAAAGAUUCCCUUUAUUCAAGUUUUCAGUUGCUUCUAAUUUCAUCUGCAAAUGUAGCACUGCUUAAUGAGAUUUAAAUUACCAUUUUUCAUUGCUUUGCUUGUUAUAGGUAAGCAAUUAAAAAUGGAAACUUUGCUUACCACAAGUGUCUGUACAACUUUUUAUGUACUGCAGGUAACAAUUUCAUGGAUAUGUGACAAACACGAAGGUUUGAAGUUGCCUUCUAGAGGGGUGGAGGAUACUGGGGUUUUGUUUUGGUUUUGUUGCAGAAUAUUUUGGGUUAGAAUAUUCUUCCAUUCAUGACAGUUUAAUUAACAGCAAAAAAAACUUCAGUCACAAAUGUGUUUUUCAUUUGUAAAGCACUUACUCCUUAUGUCCAGAUCAUUUCAUAUAUAUUUAGAUUGUUUGGAAGGCUCUUACUCUCUCUUGGGAGAAUGAAGAACUCUGUAUAUUAGAGAAAGAACUUGUUUUUUUUCUAAUAUAUGUAUGUUAUUGUAAUACUUACAAUAUACAGAAGGCUCUACUGUCUUGUUUCCUGAUGUGAUCAGAAAAACAAUUUAAACAGCCAAAAAGCUGAGUGAAUGAAAAGUUCCUAAUAAAGAGGGCAAGUUUACUUGAA